UGAAUUUUGACAAUCCAAAUUGGGAAUAAGAUUUUUGACAGUGCUAGAGCAGAUUGGGAAUAUUCUUUUCGCAAAUUAAAUUUGUGAAGAAUUUUAACUAACACAAUAAAUAAAGAUGUUGUCGCAAUCAAUUUUGUCCAGUGUACGCGUGCUGCGCACCGAGGCUCGCCGUAGCAUCGGCAUUAUGGCACCAGCGCUCAACAAGGUCUCAGACCCUAUUCAACAGCUUUUCUUGGACAAAGUGCGCGAUUACAAGAAAAAAAGCAGUGGUGGCAAACUCGUAGAUGCCACUCCAGAAAUCGAACGAGAGUUGAAAAACGAGCUGGAGCGUGUUGCAAAACAAUACGGUGGUGAUGGAAAGGUCGACAUGACUAAAUUCCCCGAAUUCAAAUUCCCUGAGGUCAAAAUCGAUCCCAUCACUCAAACCCUCUAGAUUUAUUUAAUAUUUCUUACAAUGCAAAUUCCCUAUGCUGCUUGUGAUCAAUUACAAAUGUAGUAGCAAGAAGUUUUCCGUGUUUGCUGUUGUUUGAUAAACGAUUUAUUUCAUUAUGGUAUUUAACGAAAAAACGCCUCAUAAUGGUAGAAAUAAAAAACAGUUGGGGAACACGCUUAACA